AUGAUAAUACAGGCGCAAGCAGAGUGUAUCUCACUCUGCUCCUCAGCCUUUAACUCCAACCACCACCAUUACCAGCAUUUUAGAGUUGGAGCUAAAGCACAUGCUAGUCUACCCUUCUUGUCCAGAUUUCCAUCAGUGGCCACCAUGUCCACUAGAAGCAGCAGCAGCCAUUGGAGGAGGAGAAAGAGGAGCGACGACGUCGUAUCACCUUCUUCUUCUUCUUCUUCGAGAUCUUCAUGGCGUUGUGCAGCUGCCUCGGCCUCACCACCACCACCACCAGCUCCCCCAUCUGCAGAUAAGAGAGAGGUGCCUGAAUUACAGACGCUGAUCCGAAGAUUCUGGAAAGUGGCAGCUCCCUACUGGUCAUCGGACGACAAGGAACAAGCGAGGAUGCAGCUGGCCGCAGUCUUCGCUCUCACUCUAGCCACCACUGGCAUCAGCGUUGGCUUCAAUUUCCUGGGCCGCGACUUCUAUAAUGCCCUUGCCAACAAGGACCAAGAGCAAUUCACAAAGCAGCUACUUUACUACUUAGGUGCCUUUGCUGGUGGAAUUCCGAUUUUUGUGUUGCGAGAUUAUGCAAGAGAAACUCUUUCUUUGAGGUGGAGAUCUUGGAUGACAAAAUAUUACAUGGACCGCUACCUAAGCAACCAAACCUUUUACAGAAUUCAAUCCCAAUCAAUCAUUGAUAAUCCUGAUCAGCGCAUUGUUGAUGAUCUAAGUUCUUUCACGGGAACUGCCCUAUCCUUCUCCUUAACACUUUUCAAUUCUGUGAUAGAUCUCAUAUCAUUCAGUAACAUCUUAUUUGGUAUCUAUCCUCCACUGUUUGUUGUCCUUCUUGUGUAUUCGAUUGGUGGAACAGCUAUUAGUGUCUAUCUUGGAAGGGGUUUGGUUUCUUUAAACUUCUUACAAGAGAAAAAGGAGGCUGAUUUUCGUUAUGGACUUGUGCGUGUUCGAGAAAAUGCUGAAUCCAUUGCCUUCUAUAGUGGUGAAGAAAAUGAAAUGCAACUUUUGCUGCAACGCUUCAAAAGUGCUUUUGAAAAUCUGAGUAAAUUGUUGAUAUCUUCAAGAAAUCUCGAGUUUUUCACCAAUGGGUACCGCUAUCUUAUUCAGAUUCUUCCCGUUGCUGUUGUUGCUCCUAUGUUUUUCUCAGGAAAAAUUGAGUUUGGUGUCAUUAAUCAGUCAGUAUCUGCUUUCAAUCAUAUUCUUGGGGACUUCUCCCUUAUUGUGUACCAAUUUCAGGCUAUCAGCGCAUUUUCAGCUGUAAUUGAUCGACUUGGUGAAUUUGAUGAUGUGUUGGAUACCAGCAACUUUGAACGCCGUUCUGAUCCCUCAGAAGGGAUACGUCUUAUAUAUUGUAACGUUGAAAGUUUAGCUGAACUGGAUUCAAAUGGAUCCAUUCCCAUAGACAACGAGCAACAAAAGUUAGUGGAUAUAGAGAAUUUGACUGUGCAGACACCAAGUAGUGCUACAUUGGUUAGGGACUUAUCAUUGCUAAUCAACAACAAUGAGCACUUAUUGGUAACAGGACCAAGUGGGAGUGGUAAGACAUCUUUAUUAAGAGCUAUGUCUGGUCUUUGGAGUACUGGAAAAGGAGAGAUCAAAUUCUAUGUGAAAGAUGGCGAAGAAGAUCAUCAACCAUCCAUUUCCUCAGGUGUAGCCCCCCUUAAGGUAGAUACUGCUAAUGAUAAAUAUGGGGAACUUGGAAGGCCCUCAAAUAGGAAUUAUAAAGGCAUAUUUUUCCUUCCUCAAAGACCAUAUAUGGUAUUGGGAACACUUCGCCAACAAUUGCUCUAUCCUACAUGGGCUGAUGAUGCGAUUUCAACAUCGGAGAGUACUAAACCAACAGGUUCACUUCCUUUCUUGAUGCAGGCACCAAAAUUAGAAAAUACAAGUGAAAAGCCUAGUAAGCCCACAACAGAGGACCUGAUACAGGCUUUGGAGGAUGUCCGACUUGGUUAUAUAUUAGCCCGAUUCAGUAGUUUGGAUACUUCAUAUGAAUGGUCUAGUGUUCUCUCCCUUGGAGAGCAGCAACGCCUUGCUUUUGCACGUCUACUGCUUUCAAGACCAAAAUUGGUUCUACUGGAUGAAUCAACCAGUGCUUUAGAUGAAGCAAAUGAGGCUCAUUUAUAUCAGCAGAUUGAGAAAGCAGGCAUAACAUACAUUAGCGUUGGCCACCGGCGUACUCUAUAUGACUUCCACAAGAAGAACUUGCAUAUAUCCACAGUCGAUCCAAGCAGUGCCGAUCGCAAUUGGCAGAUUAAAUCCAUCAAUAAGGACACCUUAUACCAGUUAUCAAAUCUAUAA